AGCGUGAAAAAGGCAAAGCAUAAUUUUUAAUAGCCAAAAUAACAAUGACCGAGGAUUCUAGUGAAACCAAAGAGUAUACUUUGGAGGCAGACUCAGAGCUACGAUUUGAAAUCGAACACAAAGAUGCCAAGGUCCUGGUGUCGCUUGUAAGCGGAUUCGCCGAGCUUUUCGGCACAGAGCUGGUAAAGAAAAAGAAGUAUCAGUUUUGCAUGGGCGCCAAGGUUGCAAUUUUCACAUACCACGGCUGCGUGCUGCAAGUGAUUGGAAAGAUGGAUGUCUGUUAUGUAUCAAAGGAGACUCCAAUGAUUCAAUAUGUAAAUUGUCAUGCCGCACUUGAGCAGUUUCGGGUAGAAGCCGAGGAACAGGACAAGCGUGGUCCUGUUGCCUUGGUUGUGGGUCCCCUGGAUGUGGGCAAAAGCACGUUAUGUCGUAUUCUCCUAAACUAUGCGGUGCGUGCCGGACGUCGUCCACUUUAUGCAGAUAUUGAUGUGGGUCAAGGAGCUAUUGCCAUACCAGGAAAUGUGGGGACAAUACUCAUCGAACGGCCGGCCAGUGUAGAAGAUGGUUUUCCAAAGACUGCUCCCCUGGUCUAUCACGUUGGCCACAAAUCGCCGAGCGGCAACAGCGUGCUCUACAAUUCCGUCGUUUCGAAAAUGGCAGAAGUGACGCUGAAGUCACUGGACGCGAACAAAAGGACAAAGAGCUCUGGCAUCAUUGUCAACACUUGUGGUUGGGUCAAGGGCUCUGGUUAUGCACAUUUGUUGCAUGCUGCGCGGGCCUAUGGAGCCUGUGCCAUUUUUGUGCUGGAUCAGGAACGCCUCUAUAAUGAACUGCUGCGAGACGUUCCAGAAAAUGUUCAAGUAGUGCUGCUCCCUAAGAGCGGUGGAGUUGUGGAGCGCAGUAAGGAGGUGCGACAUGAGGCGAGAGAUCAGCGCAUUAAAGAAUAUUUCUAUGGCAAUGUGCGUGCGCCAUUCUAUCCGUUCUCGUUUGAGGUAAAAUUUGCGGACUUACGCUUGUACAAGAUCGGUGCGCCACCUUUACCCGAUUCCUGUAUGCCAAUUGGCAUGAAAGCCGAGGACAACCAAAAGAAAGUUGUGGCUGUAACGCCAUCCCAAGCCCUUUUGCAUCACAUACUGGCCCUGAGUUUUGCCGAGUCGAUCGAUGACGACGUCAUUGGCACCAAUGUUGCUGGGUUCUGCUGUGUUACUGAGGUGGACAUGGAACGACAGGCUGUAAUGCUGCUGUCGCCGCAGCCGCGCCCACUACCACCAAAUGCUCUCCUCUUGUGGUCAGAGAUGCAGUUUAUGGACAACCAUGCCUAGCAUAAGUUCUUAUUGUAAUUAAGUUGUAAGAUAAGAAUAAAAAUUUAAAAUAUA